AUAUCAAGAUCUCGAUAGCAUUCUCUCUUCACAUACACACACACAUACAGAGUCUUCAAAAUUAGAAAAGCACUUUCAUUUAUUUGGACCCUUGGAUGCCCAUUGAUGGAUGCUUGAGACCUGCAAGUAAUCUUCAGAUCAUAGCAGAACUGUAAGGCCUGUCCUUUGUAUGGGAAGGAGAUAGUCCCUGUGCUGUGGAAAUGAACGGGGAGCAGCAGCUUGAUGCAGAUGCUGGAUCUGGUGUAGAAGAAGUGGAAUUAAGCUGGGAAGAUUAUCUAGAAGAGACAGGGGCCACAGCAGUUCCCUAUGGAUCUUUUAAACAUGUGGACACACGUUUGCAAAAUGGAUUUGCUCCUGGGAUGAAAUUGGAGGUGAUUGUGAAAAAAGAUCCUGAAACCUACUGGGUUGCCACCAUCAUUACCACCUGUGAGCAGCUGCUGCUCCUCCGCUACGACGGCUAUGGGGAGGACCGGAGAGCGGACUUCUGGUGUGACAUCAGGAAGGCCGACCUCUUCCCCAUUGGGUGGUGUGAGCAGAAUAAGAAGACGCUUGAAGCCCCGGAAGGCAUCAGAGAUAAAGUGUCUGAUUGGGAUGAGUUCCUGCGGCAGACUCUGACCGGAGCAUGUAGUCCUCCUGUUCCGCUGCUAGAGGGCCUCCGUAAUGGGAGGAAUCCUUUAGAUCUCAUUGCUCCAGGUUCCAGGCUAGAAUGUCAAGCUUUCCAAGACUCUCUGAGCACUUGGAUUGUUACUGUAGUAGAAAACAUUGGUGGACGGCUGAAGCUAUGUUAUGAAGGACUUGAAAGUUCUGACAAUUUCGAACAUUGGUUGUAUUACUUGGAUCCAUUUCUUCAUCACGUUGGUUGGGCAGCUCAACAGGGAUAUGAACUUCAGCCCCCAUUAGCCAUCAGACAUCUGAAAAACGAAACUGAGUGGAAAGAGAUCUUGGCCAAAGUGAAAGAGGAAGAGGAAGAGCCAUUACCAUCUUACUUAUUUAAGGACAAACAAGUGAUUGGUACGCAUUCAUUCUCUGUAAAUAUGAAAUUGGAAGCUGUGGAUCCCUGGUCUCCUUUUGGGAUCUCUCCUGCUACAGUUGUUAAGGUUUUUGAUGAGAAGUACUUUCUGGUGGAAAUGGAUGACUUGCGACCAGAGCAUCGUACAAGGAGAUCCUUUGUGUGCCACGCUGACAGUCCUGGUAUUUUCCCUGUGCAGUGGAGUCUGAAGAAUGGCUUACAUGUCACCCCCCCUCCUGGUUACUCAGGCCAGGACUUUGAUUGGGCCGACUACCUCAAACAGUGUGGUGCUGAAGCUGCUCCCCAGAGGUGCUUCCCUGAGUCAAUUUCUGAGCACGAAUUUAAGGAGAACAUGAAGCUUGAGGCGGUGAACCCCCUACUCCCUGAGGAAGUGUGCGUUGCCACCGUCACUGCAGUGCGAGGCUCCUACCUGUGGCUCCAGCUGGAGGGUUCUAAGAAGCCUAUACCUGAAUGCAUCGUGAGUGUGGAAUCCAUGGAUAUAUUCCCGUUGGGCUGGUGUGAAACCAAUGGCCAUCCCCUCAGCACUCCUCGUCGAGCUCGAGUACACAAACAGAGGAAAAUUGCAGUGGUUCAGCCUGAAAAACAGAUACCAUCCUCGCGGACUGUCCAUGACGGCCUGAAGAGUCAGGAGCUGAACUCCACAGACUCAGUUAUGAUUAAUGGAAAAUACUGCUGUCCAAAGAUAUACUUCAACCACCGUUGCUUCUCAGGGCCAUAUCUUAACAAAGGAAGAAUAGCUGAGCUGCCUCAAUGUGUAGGACCUGGGAACUGUGUUCUGGUCCUCAGAGAGGUCCUCACUUUACUUAUCAAUGCAGCUUAUAAGCCCAGCCGUGUGCUUCGGGAGCUGCAGCUAGACAAAGACUCUGUGUGGCAUGGAUGUGGGGAAGUCCUCAAAGCCAAAUACAAAGGAAAGAGUUAUCGGGCUACUGUUGAGAUAGUGAAAACUGCAGAUCGGGUGACUGAAUUCUGCCGGCAAACCUGUAUCAAGCUGGAGUGCUGUCCCAAUCUGUUCGGUCCACGGAUGGUUUUGGAUAAGUGUUCUGAGAACUGCUCUGUACUUACAAAGACAAAAUAUACACAUUAUUAUGGAAAGAAGAAAACUAAAAGAAUUGGGAGGCCGCCUGGUGGGCACAGUAACUUAGCGUGUGCCCUGAAAAAGGCCAGUAAGCGGAGAAAGAGGCGGAAAAAUGUUUUUGUUCAUAAGAAGAAACGCUCCUCUGCAUCUGUUGAUAACACCCCGGCCGGCUCUCCUCAGGGAAGUGGGGGUGAGGAUGAGGAUGACCCAGAUGAAGGAGAUGACGACUCUCUAAGCGAGGGCAGUACUUCCGAGCAGCAGGACGAGCUACAGGAAGAAUCAGAAAUGUCAGAGAAAAAGUCAUGUUCCUCUUCUCCCACCCAAAGUGAGAUAUCCACAUCACUGCCUCCAGACAGACAAAGGAGAAAAAGAGAGCUUCGCACGUUUUCAUUUUCUGAUGAUGAGAAUAAGCCGCCUUCGCCAAAGGAAAUAAGGAUUGAAGUUGCUGAAAGGCUUCACCUCGACAGUAACCCCCUGAAGUGGAGUGUGGCAGAUGUGGUGCGGUUCAUCAGAUCAACCGACUGUGCACCAUUAGCAAGAAUAUUCCUAGACCAGGAAAUUGAUGGGCAGGCCCUGCUGCUCCUUACCCUUCCCACCGUUCAAGAGUGCAUGGACUUAAAAUUAGGCCCUGCCAUCAAACUUUGCCAUCACAUAGAGAGGAUCAAGUUUGCUUUUUAUGAGCAAUUUGCCAACUGAGAAGGACAACCAAAGUGAGCUGUAUCUUUGAAGCACAAAUGCAGCAACUCCUUCGCCUGCUCUAUGAGUAGAGCUGAAAUAGUCUGGGGCUUUGGGCCCUGCGGGUCUUGGCUUGCUCUCUUUGCACUUUCAGGGAAGGAGGACCCACAGUGAGGAAGCAAAAACUGCACUGAAGUGGCUCUCCUGCCAGUGGAAAUCUGAGCAUCUCUCCUUCAGCAGAUUGCAGAUUUUAGAAAAUAAAGGUUGUGAAGAAAAGACUCAUAUAAGAAGAAUAAGCAUUUCCAGUGGUGUGGCUUAAACGAAGACUAAUUUAGGCUGCUGGAAAGCACCCUUUUGUUUGUUUUCUUUUUGUUCUGUCCCCUCCCAUUGUAGAUUGAACUUUGUUCUCUGCUUUCUCUUUCUUGGAAAGAGAGGACCUAGCUUUAAGUCAGCACUGAUUUGGAACUGCGCCUAAGGCAAACCAGUGCAUCCUUGUCAUUGUGUUUUUGAGCUUUUUUAAAUUAAAACAGUUUCUUUUGGGGAUG